AUGACCAACCCGACGCUGAUAUCGGAGGCUCAACAGAUCGAAGAUUCCUUCACAAGUUUGGCUCUAAGAGAUUCCAAGGAUGAUCUUGCUAACAGUAUCCGAAGACCUGGGUUUGGUACUCAAGGGAAAAAAAUCGAAGUAAUGGCGAACAUGUUUCCUGUCACAAUGACCAGCGCAUCUAUGAUUGUGUAUCAUUAUGAUAUCAAUAUCAACCCACACGUGAAAUCCAAUAAAACUCGAGAACUCUCGAAGGACCUUACCUGGAAGAUCUGGAAGAAGCUUUGCGCUAGCGCUCCUUCCAAAGUUGAAAAGGGAUUGAAAGCUGCUGCGUAUGAUAGAGAGCAUAGCUUCUAUACUCCUCACAAGCUCGAACUAAGCAAAGCUGAGGUAACCAUUCCUAUCAUCCUCGAAGACGACAUCACCUCACCUGGACAGAUAUCACAUUCCAGAAGAUUCGAUGUGAAAGUCCAACUAGCACGAGAGAUUGAUCUCAGUAAGAUUAUCAAUUACUGUCAGGGUAGUCAAUGUGAUGCAGACAGCAGAGAUAUAGUUGCUACCGGAAAAGCUGCGAUCAACGUCUUACUUCGACAAGAUUUGUACGACAGAUUUGUUCCAAAGGGAGGACAAGGAAGGAGGUUUUUCACCCAGGAUGGUGCCACACCAAUGAGUGGAGCUGGUCUCGUCCUCAACGGAUUUAUGCAGUCGCUCUUGACCUGCCAGUCUGGGAAGCCUGCUAUUCAGCUCGACACAGCCUACGGUCCAUUCUUUAGGUCUGGUCCCCUGCUUGGUAUAAUCAUGGAAAUCCUAGAGGAGACAGGAGGUCCACGAGGUGGCCGAGGACGAGGAAGUGACAGAGGUGGACGUGGCGGUUCAGGUGGUGGUCGAGGACGCGGUGGACAAAGUGGUGGUUCGGGUCAAAGUUCAGUCGAACAAUUGGCCUGGCAGAAACUUGGCAAACUGACCAGGUUGUUGUGGGGAGCGAAAUACACAUUGUCGUAUGGUCCAAGCUAUCGACCUCGUAAAAUCGAUGGCUUCACGGAUAAAGGUGCAGAUCAAUAUCUGAUCAAGGUCGCUGGUCUGAAUGGCCAAGUUGAUCAGAUGAUACCCGUUGUUCAGUAUUACAAGGUACAAUAUAAUAUUACCCUCAAGCAUCCUCGACUUCCGAUGAUUACGACCAUUAUGAUGAAAGACGGAAAGAGAACUCCAAGAACGUACCCCAUUGAAUUAGUCAACAUCACAGAUUUCAAUGGAAUCCCUUUCAUGCAAGUCUCUGCUGACCAAACUGCUGAGAUGAUCAAAAUCGCCGCAAAGGUUCCAGCCGAUCGCAUGAGAGCCAUCAAUAAAUGGCGAGCAAAACUUGACUACUCGCAAUUACCUAAACUCAAAGAGUGGUGUCUUUCAGUGGAUCAACAAAUGAUGAAGAUCCCCGCUAGAGUUCUGGACCCGCCCAAGGUCCAAUACAAAGGUCGAACCGUUAUGCCUUCCAAUGGCUCCUGGAAUCUCAAUGACAACAGAGUCACCAACACGCCACUCAAAUCUUGGUCCGUGAUUUGUUUUGAUCACCAUGUGCAAGAAGACGAAUUCAAACACAUAGUGACUCCAUUGAUUGGCGGCCUCAAGAAAAAUGGCUGUAUGGUGUCGAAUGAACGACCACCUCUCCUCCGGGGUCGUUUGGACGGUCUUGGUCCUGCUUUGCAGAAAGCGGCUGAGGCAGCAUCAACAGCAGCCGGAAAUAAAGUUUAUCCACAAUUGAUUGUGAUCAUCGUCUCGAGAAAAGAAACGGGACUCUAUCAAGAGAUCAAGAGAACUGCCACAAACGAACUGACCAAACCCGUAGUAACCCAAUUGAUGCUCACAGCUAAGUUCAGGAAUGAACGUGGUCUUCGAACCUAUCUCGGGAAUGUUGCAAUGAAAAUCCAUUCGAAACUCGGAGGUGUAACUCAUACAGUCGCCAUCCCACAUUCCAUCGACCGAACCACGAUGAUUGUUGGUGCGGAUGUCACUCAUCCACCUCCUGCCAACAAAGAUAAGCCCUUACUUCCAUCUAUUUCGGUUUCUGUGGCUGCUGUCAAUGGCGAGAACAGCAUGUUCGUCCCAUGUAUACGACUUCAAAAAGGACGAAAGGAGAUGAUAGAAGAUUUAUCGAAUAUGAUGAAAGAUCACAUCACCAGGUUCGAAAAGAAAACCGGCAAUAAGCCACAAAAGAUCCUGUUCUUUAGAGACGGAGUAUCAGAAGGUCAAUACGACCUUUGCACAACCAUUGAGUUAGAUAAAAUCAAGCAAGCUUUCAGAGACUUGGACAAAAACUACAAGCCAAAGGUUACGUUCAUCAUCUGCGCCAAGAGACACCACAUGCGUUUCUUCGCCACUUCGGACCGAGAUGCUGAUAAGACUGGCAAUCUUCUGGCUGGUACUUGCGUAGAUACGGCCGUCGCUCAUCCUUACGCGUUUGAUUUCUACCUUCAAGCUCACGCUGGAUUGCAAGGUACCGCCAGACCUACUCACUACGUCGUCGUCGCAGAUGAGAAUGCAUUCACCGCCGAUAGAAUGCAGAACCUCUGCAAUUCUCUGUGCUACUCUUACGCUAGAUCCUCCCGAGCAGUUUCCCUUAUUCCUGUCACCUAUCUCAUCGCUUUUAAAGCUAGAGAUUUCUGUUAUCCAGAAGACUCCAGUGACGGAGGCUCGGUUGCCGGUGCAUCAGCAGCCUCCGGACCUGUAGAUGCUGUGUUUGAUCCGAAACAGCUUUACAAGCGAUUGGAGCAAGUACCUCAAUUCAACGAGGUGAUGUGGGUGAGUGACGGCUCCUAG